AUAAAUAGAUAGUGUAAUAUUUAACGUAUAAAAUAUUAGUAAAUUGUAUCAAUUAAUUAUAAUAACGAAAAAAAAUGAGUUUGAAUAAAAAGUGUGUUACAUUAAGUGAAGUGAACAACAAGUUCACAGAAGAUGUGCUAAUAAAUAUCCUCUCCAAAGUAUGCAAUGGGAAAGAAGUGCAAUUGACAGAUUGGAGUUUUAACGAGGGAUCUGCUAAAGGUGAUAAUUAUUUGUCAAAUGUUUACAAGGGCAAAGUGAAUGGCAUUAUCGAUAGUGAUCCAAAGCAACAUGUGCAAGCGGAUAUUGUUGUAAAGUCAAUGCCAAAAAAUCCUGGAACACGAAAGACUCUCAGAUGUGUAGACUUUUUCAGUAACGAAAUCGCUUUUUAUACGCAGAUUAUUUCCAAAUUUGAAAACUUUCUAGCAGAAAAAGGACAAAGCGAUCUGUUAUGCAUACCACGUCAUAUAAUCUCCUCCACGGAUAGCGAAAACGGUUUUCUAGUUUUAGAAGAUGCUUCUUGCUUAGGAUUUCGUGCCGUCUCACGACAGAAUUGCCUAGAUUGGGCAGAAUGUUCAGCUGUCUUGAAGACAUUGUCCAAAUUUCACGCGAUCUCAUUUGCGUACAAAGAUCAAAGAAAGGAAGAGUUUGCAGAAAUGACAAAUUCUUUAAAAGAAACCUUCUUCGGCCAUAAACACUGGGACUGGUACAAAGGAUUUCAUGGAAAGAUACAAGUUCUAAUUAAACACGCAUUAGCUACCGAAUAUCCCAACAGCAAAGCUGAGAAACAAUACAAUUCUUACAAAUUUGGUGCUCUCUUCAAUAAGUGUACAGAACUAUGCGAUAGAAGAGAUGCUCCUACAUCUGUCGUAGUACAGGGUGAUUGUUGGGGUCCAAACUUUUUAAUCCGCGACGUUGGAAAAAAUCAAAAGCAAGCAUUGAUGCUCGACUUUCAGCUUGCACGUUGCGCAAGUCCUGUCAUAGACCUGUCGUUUGUAAUUUACGCUUGCACUCUGAAAUCAUUUCGUGAUCAAUAUUUUGAUGAGAUGUUAAAAACGUAUCACUCCGAGUUGAGCAAUGCCAUCAGAUUACUCGGGUCUGACCCAGAGAAACUUUAUCCAUGGGAUUUAUUCACGAAAGAGGUGAAGGAGCAAUUUGUGUUUGGUGUCUUUGCUUCGCUUGACGCUAUUCCAUUAUGCCUGAUAAAUGUAUCCGAAUCAUUUACUAUAGACACUGCUGUUGAGAGUGAUGAAGAAAUAGAUAUUGGUGAUGCAAUGUCAUUUUCUUAUUUUACAACAAGCGGAAGACAAAGACUAGCGGAUGUGAUAGUUCACGCUGUCGAAAAAGGAUAUUUAAUAAAUACGAAAGUAGAAGAAAUCGCGAUCAUGAGUCAAACUAAAAACCAUGUUAAUUUGAGCGACGUGAGUGACAAGUUCACGGAAGAGGUGCUGGCAGACGUUCUCCAUAAAGCGUGUAACGGGAAAAAGAUGCAGUUGACGGAUUGGAAUUUUGGCGAGGGAUUUGCCAAGGGUGACAGCUACCUGUCGACUGUUAACAAGGGUAUUCUGUACGGUAUUGUGGACGGGCAACAAGUACAAGUUAAUUUCGUCGUAAAGUCAAUUCCCAAAAACGUUGGUAGGAGAAAGACUUUCAGGAGCGAAGAUUUUUUCAGUAACGAAAUCGUGUUCUAUACAAAGAUUAUCCCCAAGGUUGAAAAAUUCUUAGCAGAGAGAGGACAAAACAAUCUGCUGCACAUACCACGUUACUUGGCCUCUUACAUGGAUGGUGAAAAUGAUUUUAUAGUCUUGGAAGACGUCUCUCCCCUAGGAUUUGGACCUGCGUCCAGGCAAAGCUGCCUCGACUGGGUGGAAUGUACAGUAAUCUUAGAAACUUUGGCGAAAUUUCACGCAAUUUCAUUUGCAUACAGAGACCAAAAAAAAGAAGAAUUCGUAGAAAUAACAAGCUAUUUAAAAGAAACCUACUUUGGUAAUCAUAACUGGAACUGGUACCAAAGAUUUCAUAAAAAGCUAGUGGAUAUAGCUAAACAUGCGUUAAUGAUGGAAUAUCCUAACAGUAAAGCUGAAAAGCAAUUUAAUUCCUAUGAAUUUGGUACACUUUACGACAAGUGUACGGAAUUAUGUGAAGGAGAUGCCCCGACGUUUGUCAUAGCCGCGGGUGACUGUUGGGCCCCGAAUUUUCUAGUCCGAGACAUUGGGCAAGAUAAAAAAGAAGCACUAAUACUGGAUUUUCAACUUGCACGUUGCGCUAGCCCUGCCACAGAUCUAUCGUUUUUAAUUUAUUCUUGCACUCAGAAGCCAUUUCGAGAUCAGUAUUAUGAUGACAUAUUAAAAGUUUAUCACUCCGAAUUGAGCAGCGCCAUUAAAUCUCUUGGAUCUGAACCAGAAAAGAUUUAUCCGUGGGAUUUAUUUUUGGAAGAUGUGAAAAAAAAUUUCAUACUUGGAUUAGUGUUCGCUCUGGAAUCUGUCCCAUUUUGUCUAUUGGACCCAUCACAAUCAUUCGAUUUAGAUGCUAUUAUCAAGGGCGAUGAGGCAGUAAAUAUUGCUGAUGCAUGGACGGUAUCUAAUAUUAAAACAUCAAGUGGAAGGCAAAGAUUAGCAGACGUAAUUGUUCACGCAGUUGAGAAUGGUUAUUUAUGAAAAAAGAUAUUUAUAUGUAAUUCAUCUUUUUGCGUUAUAGAAGAUUAUAAAGCAUGAUUAUCAUUU